AGCUAGCAUCACCACUAGGCGAGGCUUGGCUAGGGGACCGGAUAGUAAGACUUCGGUGAAACUGCUCAAAGAAGUCGCUUGGUACAAUCAUGAUGGCAUCAGUAGGCGUUCUCCUGGUCGUGGUUACAUUCUACCUCUGUGGACUGUCUUUGGCUAAAGAAAAAGUCCAUGAAACUGUGAACGUGCGCUCCGAGAACGAUGGUGUGGAAUUCGAUGCCUUCGGAAAGCGAUUCCUGGUCCGCCGAUCUGCUGAUGAUGACGUCACCGAAGCUGAUGACGUACCUGUGUACGCCGUGAAGGGGAACAAACUCAAAGAAGUUCAUAUUUCAGAUGACCAGGACACGAAGAUAUUUAAGACGAAGAGAUCAGCAGUGGCUGUCACAAGUGGAGAAUCGCCAACUCUGAAAGGUUGGGUGAUGGACGGAGAUGAAAUGAUAAGGAUCUCCCCUGAGGAUUCUUCAAGCGACAAUGAAGAAAACAAUCCCCACACUGUGGAAAUCACGGAGGAACCAACGAGUAGUAUACCUCUAGAUUACAUUGAUCCUCAUGUACCCUCGUCAGCAGAAGGCGACAAGGUGAAACGUGGCUUUGGUAGACGAGGUCGUCUUGACGCUUUGAUUGAGUUACUGGUGGUAGUGGACAACUCCAUCUACAGGAGAGUGAAAGAGCAGAAGAAUGGUGACGAGAAUGCUGCGAUGAGAGAUAUCAAGAUAUAUUACACACUUUAUGUGGCAUCGAUCAACCAGCGCUUCCAGAAUAUCAAAGACCGCGAGCUCUCCAUUUCCGUCGUGGUGACUGCGAUCAUUGUAGACAAGGAUCGAGAGAGCGCUCCCUGGGCGGAAUACUUCGCCUUCCCGGCCCCCGACCGGUCGGAAAUGAGGCUUGACGCGGCCAUUGCUUUGGACCAGUUCAGGGGUUGGAUCAUGGACGAGCUGACCAGCUUACCGCAGUUUGACCACGCCAUGGCCUUUACUGAUUACAAUCUGGUCCGUCUCGGCAACGUGGACACCACCGGUAUGGCUUACGUGAACACCAUGUGUGACCUCAAGUUUGGGUACUCCGUGUCCGUCAUGCAAGAACUCGGCGGGUUCGCCGCAGUCGGUGCCGCAACACAUGAACUUGGCCACAGUUUAGGCUCAAGGCACGAUGGCGACCGUAACAGCCGCGACUGUCCCGCCAGCAUGAACAAUGUGAUGGCACCCGGCAACAGCAAUAACGUGCGGGUCCUCAGAAACUUCUUCUACUUCUCAAGGUGCAGUGUACGACAGAUGAGAGAGACAAUAAGAAAUGAGUCGUCAGAGUGCCUCUUCAACACCAGACGGAGUAGCAUGCACCAUCGGACGAUGAAACUGCCAGGGCAGAUCGUGGGUGUCAAUAAACAAUGCCAGCAAAUGGUCGGCGAGAAGUCAUCGUUCUGCGCGGAGGGGCGGUUUAUCGGCGAGAUGUGCUUCAGACUCUGGUGCCAUGACCCAAAAUCCGGCAAGUGCAAGACCCAUGGCUCCAUGGUGGCGGCUCAUGGAACCUCGUGCGGGGACGGAAAGUGGUGCGUGAAUGGCCAAUGUACCAAUGAUGCCAGGGCACCCAAGUUGGAAUCGUGUCACUUCGGAGAGAUGCACAAGGAGCGAUGUGCCCAGUUGAUAAGACAAGACAUAGCAAACUGUAGAGAUGAACAAACCAAGAAAAUGUGCUGCGAAUCGUGCCCGAAGAUGAUGCGAAUGUACUACAGGUUUUGAAGAAGAAACAUCUCGAGUUUUGCUAUAUUGUGUGUCCUAAGUUUAUAUCAUGUCUACUGCGUGUAUUCUGGGAAAAUAUCGGAUUUUAUAGCAAUUUGCACGGAGAAAAUGGUCAUCAGUCAGAUGGUAGUUUGCAGGAUAAAAAAUGGAAGUAUUUAAAAGAACUGUUAAGUGUAUAUAACGAUUCGAAAAACAACAUAACCCAUAUCGAACAGUCAAUAUUGAAUCUUAUACCGGAAACGCACAAAAUGUUAUGUUUCAAUGGCGGCUCCAUGAAUACGGUUGUUGUUAUAGAAUCUCUAUAUCUUGCAAAAAUUACCUCUAUCACACUACCGGUACUUGUAAGGUCAAUGUCAAAUAUAACACUGUUAAACUCA